AUGGCACACUCUGUCGCGGCACACUCCGUCGCAGUCUCCUGGCAGACUCUUGUCCAGAACGGGCAACUCACGCGGGCGGUGGACAAGGAGGAUCCCGCCUUCCCAGCCGUGAAGAAGCUGCGGAUCAAGAACCUCCAACCGUCGGCCACGCCCUACACGCUGCGGCUCAGGGUGCCCUGCACCUGCGGGAGCUGUAUAGUUCCGCUGCAGAUCAAGGCGGGAGGCACGCGCGUGCUCUUUGUCUGGAAUGAGGAUAACAAGAGGUGCGACCUGCAUCUGAACCAGCUAACCAUGGCGGCAGCUGAGGCGCCGGGCGACCAGGGUGUGCCUCCGCUCGCAACCGCCGCCGCGGCGGAGCCUGCCGCCGCCGCCGCCGCCGCCGCCGCCGCCGCCCAGCAGCCUGCUGAUCCAGCGGCGCCAGCGAUCGCCACGCUCGACGUCGCCGCCGUCGGCGGCGGCGUGUUUGACGGUGGAGGCGACGGCAUGGCGGCUGCGGAGGCGGAGCUGACAGAGCCCCCGGUGGCGGAGGCGGAGAAGGUUGCGGCAGCGGCGGCGGCGGCGACGGCGGAAGCCCAGCCCUUGUCGGCUUGCAAUACCUCCUCCUCCUCCUCCGGCUCCGCCACCGAGCCAGUGCUGUGCGGCAACACGUUCGAGCGAGACGGCGGCGUGUUUGGCUGCGUGCUGCCGGCGGGGCACGCGGGGCCGCACGAGCUGCUCUCGAGCAAGCGGGCGCGCAAGCUGCCGCAGAACUUUUGGGGCCAGCCGCGCCGCCCCUCGCUGGGAGCCGCUGCGACGAGUGCCGCGCCAGCCGCUUGCGAGCCGGUGCCGCCGCCGCUGCCGGCGGCGGCGGCGGCGGCGGCGGCGGUGGGCCUGUCGAGCAAGGGCAGCGCCGGCUACACGGGAGUGCGGCUUGUUCUGCGCGGCCACGGGGGAGGCCGGCUCGGUGCGGCCACGAGGGCGGAGCAGCGAGAGGAGGUGGCGACAGAGGCGGAGGGGCUGCGCUUGCACCUCUCCAGCAGCAGCGCCACCGGCUACAAGGGCGUGUACAGGCAGGCCUCUGGCCGCUUCGAGGCGCAGCACAGUGUGGGGAAAAAAAGGAUGGUCUCCCUCGGCAACUUCGACACGGCGGUGGAGGCGGCGGUGGCGUACGCGAGGGCGGUCGGCGAGUACCAGCCUCCGAUAGUUGCCGCGGAGGCGGAGGGGCUGCGGCUGCACCUCUCCAGCAACAGCACCGGCUACAAGGGCGUGACCAACCAGCCCUCUGGCCGAUUCGAGGCGCAGUACAGGGCGGGCGGAAGGACGGUCUACAUCGGCUGCUUCGACACGGCGGUGGAGGCGGCGGCGGCUUACGCGCGGGCGGUCGGCGAGUACCAGCCUCCGAUAGUUGCCGCGGAGGCGAAGGGCUUGCACUUCUCGAGCAUCAGCGCCACCGGCUACAAGGGCGUGUUCAAGCACCGCUCCUCUGGCCGCUUCUGGGCGCAGCACAGGGCGGGCGGAAGGCAGGUCGGCCUCGGCACCUUCGACACGGCGGUGGAGGCGGCGGCGGCUUACGCGCGGGCGGGCAGCGAGGCGGCGGGAGCCGCGGCAGGGAACGCGGCGGAGGGCUCGGCGGCAGAGGCGGCGCUGUCUCCCGACGAGAUCGUGACGGCGAUCGUGUGCGACGGCUGCGAGGGCGACUUUGAGCUGCCGUGUGGGGUGCCGGUGCCGGAGGGCGACUGGUUCUGCGCGGCGUGCCGCGCCGGCGGGCGGGCUGCGGACGAGGAGGCGCCGGUGGCGGUGGCGGAGGGCCUGCGUUUGCACCUCUGCAGCAACAGCAUCGGCUACCGGGGGGUGAGCAGGGAACGCUCGCGCUUCAGAGCACAGCACCAGAUGGACGGGAGAUUGGUCAACCUCGGCAUCUUCGACAGGGCGGUCGAGGCGGCGGUGGCCUACGCGCGGGCGGUCGGCGAUUACCAGCCUCCGCCUCCUCCGACAGUGGCGGCAGAGGCGGAGGGCUUGCGUUUGCACCUCUCGAGCAGCAGCGUCACCGGCUACAAGAACGUGUACGAGCACCACCCUGCGCGGGCGGUCGGCGAGGCGCCGGCGGAGGCGGUGGCGGAGGGAUUGCGCUUGCACCUGUCCAGCAGCAGCAGCGCCGGCUACAAGGGCGUGUUCACGAACUCUGGCCGCUUCCGAGCGCAGCGCAGGUUGGACGGAAGGCUGGUCUCCAUCGGCAUCUUCGGCACGGCGGUGCAGGCGGCGGUGGCGUACGCGCGGGCGGUCGGUGAGUACCAGCCUCCGACUGUGGUGGCGGAGGCGGAGGGCUUGCGGUUGCACCUCUCUAGCAGCAGUAGCACCGGCUACAAAGGCGUGACUGAGCUCGCCUCUGGCCGCUUCCGAGCGCAGCGCAAGGUGGACGGCAAGGAUGUCCACAUCGGCUCCUUCGCCACGGUGGUGGAGGCGGCGGUGGCGUACGCGCGGGCGGUCGGCGAGAGCCGCUUGUUCGAGCUCCUGCCCGACGGCCGCACCGUCCACAAGGAGGUGCCUCCCGACAAUGGCGGCAUGGCGGCCGUCGCCGCGGCUCUCGAGAGGGUCGGGCUGGAGAACUACGUCGCCGCCUUUGACGCCGAGGGCUAUGACGACGUCGAGUUUCUGGGCGGGCUGGACAGCGCCGAGCGGGCGGGCGUGGCGAAGGAUGUGGGCAUGAAGCAGGGUCACCUGUCCAAGUUCGUCAAGCACGGCUUCGAGGCGCGAUCAUAG